UUAAUUAAAACAGAAAAACACCAACAUUUUCUUCUUUUAACCUCUUUCUCAUUGUUUUCUCCGAGGAAACAAAAGUUUACGAAGUUUUGGUCUGAAGAAAUGGAAGCUCUAUCAAGCUCCAUCGCUAUGCCGAAUAAUCCACAGACUCAUUUUCUCUCAGGUUCCUUGUUGAAGCCGGUUGAUAAAUGCUUCUUGAAAAUCAACUCCACUCAACACUUUCCUGGUUCCUCUGUUAGAGCUAAAGGAUCACGCAACUCGUCGGUUAUAGUUCGUGCAAGUAGGGAUGGUGGAAGGCCAAGUAGUGGAAGUAUUUUUGUUGGUGGAUUUGUAUUGGGGAGUUUAAUUGUUGGAGCAUUGGGAUGUGUUUAUGCACCUAAGAUAAGCGAGGCACUAGCUGGAGCUGACGGUAAAGAUUUCAUGAGGAAACUUCCAAAGUUUAUGUAUGAUGAAGAAAAAGCUCUUGAGAGGACUCGCAAGAUGCUAACCGAGAAAAUAGCGCAACUGAAUUCCGCCAUAGACAGUGUUUCUGCACAGUUGCGACCAGAUAAAGACUCAAAUGAAUCUGCAGGGAUCUCAGAGGAAAUUGGAGUGUGGAAAUAAAAAUAAAUCAUUUGAGUGAUAAUAUUUAAGCACACAUUUUCACCUUUUUUUGUUGGUCUUGAAAUAUGAUUAUCUUUGGUUAUUGGAUUUAAGUUUUACAAAGUGAACUUUUCUUAUUGGAAUUAACUGUUUCUUUUAAUAAUGGUUAAUUGGCCACCAAAUUUUGUUGGUCUUGGUUUUGAGAAAA